ACAACAGGCUAUUUAACACAGACAGGGAGGGAGGAGGGUAUUUCUAACACAAAAAUAAAAGAAUAGUUUCACUUUUUGUUGCGUGAAAGGAAUCUUCUCGACACGCCUUUUCUUUCACAGUUUGUUUACAUGAAAAGACUGUUCCGCCGGUCUCUGGAUGUCUUCCACGGAUCAUAAUUCUGUGAGAAACAGAGUUUAGUGAUUUCUUUCUAUUCAAGGAAGAGCAAAGUGAAGACUCGGCGAUCAUUAAACCAUCUCCAGCAAUCACUUCUCUUACCUUCACGGCUCUACAGAAGGAUGAUAUUGCUGUCUCUGUUAGUUCUCGCCGGUGUUUGUGAUGCAGGAACAGAUGAGACGCUUUCAGUGAUGGAAGGAGAUUCUGUAAUUCUACAGACUAAUCUUUCUGAAAUAAUGAACGAUAAUACAAUACUCUGGGGGUUUGGGCCUAAAGAAUUCAUCAUAUCUCAGAUCACCAAAAAGAAUAACUUGCCCAUAUUGUACGUCACCGAUGACGUGAGUUUCGCAGACAGAUUGCAGGUGGACCAAAAAACCGGCUCUCUCACCAUCAGAAACACCAGAAACAAACACUCGGGUCAAUACAAACUAACAAUCUCCAGAGAACAGACCACAUCCACAAUCUUUCAUGUACUUGUGUUAGAUGUGGCUAAUAAGAUGGGAGGAGUGAAGUCAAAGUCAGUGAUCGAAGGAGGAUCUGUCCUUCUAAGAAAUGACGCUGAAUUACAGAAAGAUGAUCUGAUCGUAUGGAGGUUUGGGGAAGAAGGCGUACUUUUAGGUAAAUACGAUGCAGAAACUAAACAGCUGUCGUUGUCUGGUGCUGAUGAACGAUUCAAAAACAGACUACAGCUGGAUCCAACGGGAUCUCUGACCCUCACCAGCGCCAGGACGGAGCACGCUGGACUCUAUGAAGCUCAGAUCAGAGGCCGCGGGAGCUCACAGCAGUUCCUUGUUUCUGUCACUGCUGAUUUGAGUCGAUCUUCAUCCUACAUCGUUGGAGUAGUUGUAGCUGUUCUGCUCGCUGGACUUUUAACUGCUGUUGUGAUUUACUAUCGCCGCAAGAUCUCGAAACUACAAAAACAAGUGGUGUCAGAGAUGGAGGGAAGGACCGUCGUUCUGAAGACUGAUACUGAACUACACAACGGAGAUGAGAUAAAGUGGUGGUUCGAAGACGACAACAAACUCAUAGCCCAAAAGAGUAACUGGACCAGCGGAGGAAGAGACAUAGAUUGUGAUGUUACUGACGAGAGAUUCAGAAACAAGCUGCAGCUGGGUCAUAAGAACGGAGAUCUCAUUAUCAGUUACAUCAGGACCAUUCAUGCUGGGGUCUAUAAAGUACAGAUCUCCAGCAAGAUCAGAAGAACCAAGUACAAGAGGUUCCUCGUUACCGUCGAUGUGGAGAAAGUCCCAGUGAAGGUUGGAAAACCUGUCCUUCUGAAGACCAAUAUUGACAUAAAGGAAGGAGAUCUGAUUCUGUGGACCUUCGGGGUUAAAAACCGUCUUGUAGUUAAAGCCGAAUCGGGGAAGAAUACUGUUAGUGAGAGCUUCGCAGGCAGACUAGAGCUGAAUGAACUUCACGUCAACGGAUCUCUGUCCAUUACAAACAUCUCCGCUGAAGACUUUGGACAUUUUCAACUACAGGUCCUCAACAAUGAGCGGAACAGAUUCAGGAGAUUCAAUGUGAUCAACGAAAACUCCGUGAAGAAGCUGAAGGAAGAGGAAGCGCUGCUGUCUCGAGGAGAGCAGCAGAGUUCAGUCUAACAAGACACGCCCCCGCUGUCAAUCAUGUGACAUCAUCAACACCUCUUCAACGCCCUUUCACCCCAGACUUCAGUCUUCUGAUCCAUUCCACACCUCACCGAUCCUCACAUGGGUUCUUUAAAGUAUUUUUGCAUGUGUAUAUAUAUAUAAAAACAAAUUAUAAAAUGCAGCCCAAAGUGCAAUGGUUUAAGAAAUCUCUCUGAAAAUAUAUUCAGUAUUUUAAACAAAUGUCCGAUUUCUCUAUUUCUGUCAUUUGGUGGAGUAUCAGCUCAAUUUAUGUAUAUAUGUACAAUUUGAAUAUAUUAUGUUAUGAACAUAUUGGUUUGUAAUUUUCCCUUCACUGUAUAUCGUUGUCCUUCCUGUUGUUAUAGAUGUAUAACGUGUAAUGAACCAGAAGUCUCAGCUCUUUGUCGUUUAAUUAGUCUGAUGAAGAGAGCUGGAAACAUCACACGCUGUGCUUAAGUUUAAUAAAAAAACAAA